AUGACGAUGAAAUCCAUGAAAUACAACGACUGCGACACCAUCAUGGACGGCUACAACCCAGCGCCGCCUCCGCUUCCGAGGAGGGUGCCACCGGCACGAAACAUCUACGCCGAACCGUUCGCCACGGAAUCAACCACGAACAGACUACAAUCAUCGCAACAGCUGCAACAGCAGCAGCAGCAACAGCAGCAGCAGCAGCAACAGCAGCAGCACCAAUCGCAGCAGCAACCGAUUCCGCAACUGACACAGUCCAUGACUAAUACGCACAUCACGACCGGAUCUCGCCUGGGCGGCUCGUCCUCCCUGGUGAUGCCGGUAUUUCCAUUGCGAACCGGCGGAACUGCCCACACCCCUCACUACUCACCUUACUCGCCGUCAAGGUUUCGUAUUGAUAAGAGCUGCCAACAUCGUUGUUCGUGGAAAUGUUUCAGCAUCGCCUUAAUUUUGGUUACAAUCAUUUUGUCAGCCAUACUGACAUACUUCGCAGCCACAAGUUCCAUGAAAUCCAAUCUCGACUCUGCCAACUGCAUACUGGUGCAAGACGUGAAGACGGGCACGUCGGUGGACCAGGCGGGCACACCGAUCGAUUCGUCCAACUACGGGCUGCUGUCCGGGCCGUCGACGCUCAACCCGACCGAGGAGUCGCCCAUUACGAGCACACUGGACCACAACAGCUUCUCGACGCUCGGCGGGCUGAGUGGGGGCGCGACGGGUGGCGGCAAUGCGGCCCUCUCCACGUACAACCGGCGGGCGGGGCAGCAGGACCUGUCACACCAGCAGAUGCAGCAGCAGACGACGCAGGUGUUCAGCUCGGUGCACCAGCAGAAGUGGCCGUCGAUCGUCGAGCUGCGCGAGUUCAACGAGGUACACGCGUCGACGAUCGCACCGUUCCAGUUCUGGAACGUCGAGUUCCGCAACAAGCAUCCCGCGUUCAUCCAGUUCAACUUCACGCUGCCGUGGGGCGCCAACUUCGCCAUCUACGGGCGGCGCAACGUGGGACCAACCGUGACGCAGUACGACUUCGUGGAGUUCAUCAAGGGCGGCCGGGUGGACCACAAGCUGCGCCGGAAGCGCAGCAUCGGCAGCAGCUUCUUCGCGAACGACGUGCUGGACGCGAACUUUAACGCGAACGACGAAAACUCGUCCAGCUUCGAGACCGCCCGGCGCAACCGGUUCGCGUUCGAGGACCUGGCGCUCGACGAGGUCGAGAAGCACAUCAUCUCGAAGCGCUCCGCGGACGGCAGCUCGGCUCCGUCGUCGCUGCAGAAGAUCGACCUCGAGGCGAUGACGGUGAACGUGACGAUACUGCAGUACCUCGACAUCGGUCGCUGGUAUCUGUCCGUCUACAACGACGAGCUGCUGCCGCACACGGUAUCGCUGGUGGUCGGUGAGGCAGAAGGUAUCCACACCGCGUGCCCCAGCGACUGCUCCGGACGUGGCUCGUGCUACCUGGGCAAGUGCGACUGCAUCGAUGGCUACCAGGGGAACGACUGCUCGAUAAGUGUCUGUCCGGUACUGUGCUCCGCGCACGGCCACUACGGUGGUGGCGUUUGCCACUGUGAGGAAGGCUGGAAGGGCUCGGAGUGCGACAUCCCGGUGUCCGAAUGCGAAAUGCCGACGUGCUCCAACCACGGCCGGUGCAUCGAAGGCGACUGCCACUGCGAGCGAGGCUGGAAGGGACUGUUCUGCGAGCAGCAGGACUGCAUCGACCAUUCGUGCUCCGGGCAUGGAACGUGCGUGUCCGGCCAGUGUUUCUGCAAAGCCGGCUGGCAAGGAGACGACUGCAGCAUCGUGGACCAACAGGUGUACCAGUGUCUGCCCGGCUGCUCCGACCAUGGCACGUACGAUCUGGAUACCGGUUCCUGCAUCUGCGACCGGCACUGGACGGGCCUCGAUUGUUCGCAAGCUGUCUGCAGCCUCGACUGUGGCCCGAACGGGAUCUGCGAGAACGGUCGCUGCCGGUGCGACGACGGUUGGACCGGGAGUUUGUGCGACCAGCUGAUGUGCGACCCGCGCUGCGCCGAGCACGGCCAGUGCAAGAACGGUACCUGCGUUUGCUCCCAGGGAUGGAAUGGACGCCACUGCACGCUGCCCGGCUGUGUGAACGGAUGCUCGCGCCAUGGACAGUGCACGAUGGAGGACGGCGAGUACAAGUGCAUCUGCGUGGAAGGAUGGUCCGGAAAUGACUGCUCGAUCGCGCUUGAGAUGAGUUGCAAAGACAAUAUCGAUAAUGACAAUGAUGGAAUGACGGACUGCUCCGACAGCGAGUGCUGCGUGCAUUCGAGCUGCGCGGAACAUAUCAUGUGUCUGGCGUCGAACGACCCGGUCGAGGUGCUUCUGCGCAAGCAACCACCCUCGGUAACGGCCUCCUUCUAUCAGCGCGUCAAGUUUCUGAUCGAGGAAAACUCGGUGCAGUCGUACGCACACAUGGAUGAGUACAGUGAGAGUGAGUUCUGGAACUCGUUCACACCGUGCCGGGUGUCGGUGAUGCGCGGACAGGUAGUCACACCGCAGGGGCUCGGCAUCAUCGGUAUCCGCGUGUCGGUCGACCGGGACUCGCGCUUCGGUUUCACGCUGACCCGCCAGGGUGGUUGGUUUGAUGUACUCGUCAACGGAGGUGGCGCCGUUACGCUGCAGUUCCAGCGAUCGCCGUUCCGGCCUCUGACGCGGACCGUCUUCGUGCCCUGGAAUCAAAUCGUCGUGCUGCCUCCGGUGCAGAUGCAAAUCAACGACAACGACGACCACGAUGACAUAUCGUUUAUAUCCAUCCCGUCGAAUCUGGCCUACAGCUUCCUGAGUACCUCGCACUACCGCUUCAUGGAGGACACGCCGUCGCCGGUGGCCAUCUGCCUGGAGCACGACCAUGAGCUGCUGAGUCCGCACCUGACCAGCACCUGGAUGCCGAACGGGAUCGGCUCGGUGCCCGGGAAGAACUUCAUCUUCGCCGAAACUCAGGUGGUGCAAGAGUCGCUGAAAAUUCCCGGCUCGGAGAUUCACCUGCUGUACAAGUCGUCGCAGGCGUCCGGCUACCGGUCGAUCGUGCGGAUGCAGCUGACGCACGACCGCAUCCCGGACACGCUGACGCACGUGCACGUCGGCGUGCAGAUCGAGGGCUCGCUGCACGUGAAGACGUACGAGGCGGACCCGAACCUGCGGCACAUCUUCGCGUGGAACAAGCGGAACGUGUUCAAGCAGAAGGUGUACGGCAUCGCGGUGGCCCGCAUCUCGAUCGGGUACGAGCACGCGACCUGCCGUGGCAUCGUGUGGGAAACGCGCACCGUCAAGCUGCAGGGCUUCGACGUGGACAUCUCGGACAUCGGCGGCUGGGGCUUGGACAUACACCACCACUACAACUUCCACGAGGGCAUCCUGCAGAAGGGCGACGGUGCGACCAUCCACCUGAAGGAGUUCCCGCGGAUCGUGCGCGGGGUGCUGGGCGAUGGGCAGCAGCGUACGCUCAUGUGCCGCGACCACUGCAACGGGCUGUCGAAGAACGGGCAGCUGCUGACACCGGUGGCGCUUGCGUCCGGCCCCGACGGCAGUCUGUUCGUGGGCGACUUCAACCUCAUCCGCCGCAUCACGACCAACGGCAGCAUCUUCACGAUCCUGCAGCUGGACACGACGCGCGUCUCCUACCAGUACUACCUGUCGGUGUCGCCGGCCGACGGCCAGCUGUACAUCUCCGACUCGGAGAAGCACAAGAUCCUCAAGAUCGUGUCGCUGGAGAACGUGGACGAUCCGUCGUCCAACUACGACGUGAUCGUGGGCAGCGGCCAGCGGUGCAUUCCGGGCGACGAGCAGAACUGCGGCGACGGCGGGCCGGCCAUCGAUGCGCGCCUCUCGCACCCGAAGGGCCUGGCCAUCGCCGCCGACCGCACGAUGUACAUCGCCGACGGUACCAACAUCCGGGCGGUCGAUCCGAAGGGCACGAUCCACACGCUGAUCGGGCACCACGGUCACCAGAACCGCUGGAGUCCGGUGCCGUGCCGUGGGGCAGCCCGUGCCAUGCAGGUGCAGCUGCAGUGGCCAACGGCGCUCGCGCUCAACCCGCUCGACGGUUCGCUCUACUUCGUCGACGAUCGGCUCGUGCUGAAGCUGACCUCCGACAUGAAGGUGAAGGUGAUUGCCGGCAUACCGCUGCACUGCAACGAGGACCACAGCCCCAACGUCAACCGGUCGUCGACGACGCCGGUGGAGGAACCGCUCGGCACCGUGCUGGCGAUGGCGUUCGGCCCCAACGGGGACCUCUACGUGGCCGACACCAACUCGAAGCGCAUCAACACGAUCAAGGUGAUCGAAUCGUCCACCGGCUUUAUGAAGCAGUUCGCCGGCAAGGUUGAACAUGGAAGCCAAGACUGCGACUGUCAGAGUGGUAAGGCGGUGAGCCAUUCGCGACGCAAGCCGGCCAACGGUACCAGCGGCGGCUCGGGUCAGAGCGCGUCCGGCGCAUCCGAGCGUGCCGGUGGCGCACCGGAAGGGACAAACCAGUUUUGCGUCUGCCAGAACGCUAGCGAGAGCGGCAACGGUGGCAGCGGGCGGAAGGAGUACGCCGACGCCGCGUCCGUGCUCGGCUCGAGCGCCGGAGCGAACGGGGAAACCGUGCUCUCGUCCAGCAUCCGCUUCCAGUCGAUCUCGGCGAUAGCGGUCGCACAGGAUGGCGUCAUCAACGUGGCCGACCAAGGUUCGCUGCGCAUCCUAGCGCUGGAGCACUACCUACCGCAGCACGACAGCAACGGCGAGUUCCAGAUACCGUACACGCCGCUCAACGAGCUGUACGUGUUCAACCGGUACGGGCAGCAUAUAGCGACGCGCGACCUGUCCACCGGCAAGUCGCGCUACUCGUUCCUGUACUCGAAGAACACCAGCUUCGGCAAGCUGUCGACGGUGACGGACAGCUCCGGCAACAAGAUCCAGUUCCUGCGCGACUACAGCAACGUGGUGAGCUCGAUCGAGAACGGGCAGGACUACAAGACGGAGCUGAAGAUCUCGCCGAGCGGGCUGCUGACGAAGGUGAGCGCCCGGUCGGGCGGUGGGCGCAAGGUGGAGGUGCUGCUGGACUACGAGUCGAACAGUGGGCUGCUGAUCAGCCGGACCGAGGGCCAGGAGAGCUUCAUCUACCAGUACGACGACUUCGGGCGCUGCGUGAAGGUGAUCGCGCCGAGCGGUGAGAUCGUGUACGUGCGCACGCUGUUCGACGACCGCGCCAAGCCGAAGCAGGAGGAUCUGCUGGUGUCGGUGCAGGGUAGCAUCCGGUCGGCGUUUGGGGCGCGCGGUGCCGCCAAGCCGACCGAGUACGCCAUCACCGGCGGCAUCCAGAUGGUGACGGUCACGCGCGGCGGCAAGGAGACGGUCGGCCGGAUCGGCUCGAUCAACCAGACGGUGUCGCUGGCGCUGCCGACCGGCAUCCGGCUGGAGGCGUCCGCCGUCGUCACGCACCCCUGGCUCGAGAAGUUCCUCCCGACGGAGGCGGAAAUGCUGCCGAUGUGGUCACAUCAGUCGCUGCACGUCGGCGACCGCUCGGCCAACGAUCUCUACUCCAACUACGCGCUCUCCUCGAUCGGCUGCAACGGGGCGGCGGCGGCGGCGGCGUCCGAACACCACCUGGGUCGCGGUGCCUCACCCCCAGCACCGUCACCGCCGAAGGGCGAGAAGAUGCUGUGCCGCGACGUGUUUGUGAACGAUGGCAAGAAGCUGCGCGUGGAGUACGAUCCGGUGGCGCAGCGCGAGAUCCUGCGCGACCGGGACAACGAGGUGAUCCUGAUGGUCGCGUACGACCAGUCCGGCCUGCCCACCAUGUUCUCGCCCGGCCUCGGCGACGUGUACUACCCGCUGAACAUCACGUACGAUCGGUUCAACCGCGUCGAGGGGUGGCAGUGGGGUGCGUCCGAGCUGAAGUACAACUACGACCGGCAGGGCCGGCUGUCGGAGGUGACGAGCAUCCAGGACGGGAUCGUGUCGUACAGCUACAACGAGGGCAACCUGCUCGAGCAGAUCUCGCUCGGUAGCCAGCGCAAGUACAAGCUGGUGUACGACCGGAACGGAGGCCUGCGGGAGAUCGUCCUGCCCAGCGGCACCCGGCACACCUUCAGCCUGCAGCCGUCGAUCGGCUUCCUGCGCUUCACGUACAAUCCGCCGGGCAGCUCGCGCUCCUACCUGCAGCACUACUCGCACAGCGGCGUGCUGCUGCAGACCGUGUUCCCGGGUGACGGCGCGCGCAUCGUCUACCGCUACGACGACGAGGACCGCAUCGCGGAGAUCGUGCACGGUGACGGGCGGGACGAGUUCCUCUACCAGAGCGGGGCGCCCGCCUGCGAGCUGCCGAUGGCGAUCCUGCACACCGAGCGCGACCUCGAGUUCCGCUGGGACUUUGACUGCGUGGGCGAGCUGCUGCUGGAGGAGCGCAUCGACUACUCCGCCCGCUCGGGGUUGUCGAACGUGAAGUUCAACUACGAGUACGACGACCACUUCCGGCUGGCGUCGAUCGGCGGACGGAUCGGGGGCCAGAACCUGCCACCGCAGUCGUUCGGCUACGACGAGCGCACGGGCCGGCUGGCCACGAUCGGCCAGUUCGAGGUGACGCGCGGCGAGCGGCAGGCGAACGCGACCACCGUCAGCGACCGGACCGGCACGUUCACGCGCACCGUCAACGGGCGCUUCCUGCUGAUGCAGCUGACGCUCACCAUCCACCGGAUGGAGGUGUUCCGCAUGGAGUUCGCGCACGAUCUGCACGGGCGCAUCGUGCAGACGCGCACCUACACGCGCAACGUCGGCGUCAACACGUACACGAACGUGAAGAACCUGACGUGGGACUGCGACGGGCAGCUGGUGGGCGUGGAGGCCCAGGAACCGUGGGGCUUCCGGUACGACGACAACGGCAACAUGCUGUCGCUCACCUACCGCGGCAACACCAUCCCGAUGGAGUACAACGCGCUCGAUCGCAUCGUCAAGUUCGGCGAGGGCCAGUACAAGUACGAGCCGCGCGGGCUGGUGGCGCAGAACGCGCGCGAGGAGCGCUUCCACUACAACGCCAAGGGUCUGCUGAUACGGGCGACCAAGCGCGGCCGGUUCGACAUCCGCUACUUCUACGACCACCUCAACCGGCUGAUCACGCGCAAGGACAACUUCGGCAACGUGACGCAGUUCUUCUACACCAACCAGCGGCGCCGGGCGGAGAUCAGCCACAUCUACUCGCCGCGCGACGGCAAGCUGAUGUCGCUCACGUACGACGAUCGCGGCUCGCUCAUCUACGCCCAGGUGUACCGCUACCGCUACUACAUCGCCACCGACCAGUGUGGCACGCCCGUCAUGAUCUUCAACCAGUACGGCGAGGGCAUCCGGGAGAUCAUGCGCUCCCCGUACGGCCACAUCGUCUACGACUCCAACCCGUACCUCUACAUGCCCAUCGACUUCUGCGGCGGCAUACUGGAUCAGGUAACAUCGUUGGUGCACAUGCCAGACGGGAAGGUGUACGAUCCGCUGAUAGGCCAGUGGAUGACGCCGAACUGGGAGCACGUGGAUCAGCGCAUCCAGAAGCCGACCAAGCUGCACCUGUACCGCUACAAUGGCAACGAUCCGAUCAAUCCGGUCCAGCAGCUGCGGGAUCACCCGCGCGACCACUUUGAGUGGCUGCAGCUGAUGGGCUACGAGCUGGACAACAUGAUCCCGCAGGCGACGAUCGAUGCCCGCUUCUACCGGCAGCAUGAUUGGCUUGAGAGCGCCGUCGCGGCUCCGAACGUGCUGCGCCGACAGUACGAAGAGCGAGGUGGCUCCGGCAUCAGCAUCGGGUCCGGAUUCAUGGCACACCUGCUCGAGCGGAGCGUGCGGUCGCGGCGCGGUCUGCUGCAGCUGCCCGACUUCGGUGCCAGCCUCAAGUCGGACCCGCUGGCGAUCGGACCGUUCCGGUUCGGCUCCGGAUCGGAUCCACCGUUCGGGCACGGCAUCAUCGUGUCGCGCAGCCCCGAACCGGAGGGCUACGCGAUCGUAUCGAGCGUCCCGGCCGCCAAUCCGAUCUACCGAGACGUCUACACGUCCGUGUUCAACCGGACGCGCCUGCUCCCGUUCACCUUCGUCGUGCACAACUCGCUCCAGGACGCGUUCUUCUUCGUGAAGGAGGACUCGUGGCGGGCGAGCGAAGACCGGCAGCAGCUGAAGCGCCUCCAGGGUCAGGUGAACACCACCUUCCACGAUUCCACCUCGAACGGCGGUGGCGGUCCGGGUGGCAGCGCCGGCUCCUCGCCCUCCUCCGGCUCCCCGUCCUCGUCGUCGUCCGGCUCCUCCUCCUCCUCGUCCUCCGGUGGUGCCCUCCCGUCCGCCAAGGCGUCCGCGCACCAUCAGGACGUGAAGAUCCACACGACCAACGCCAUCAUCAACCUCAAGUACGGCACCACGUCGGCGAAGGAGCGCCAGCGGCUGAUGCACCACGCGAAGCUGCAAGCCGUCCGGAAGGCCUGGCACCGCGAGAAGGAGCUGCUGCGCGGCGGCCUCAUCUCCAGCUACGAGUGGAACGCGCAGGAGAUGGAGGAGAUCAUCAAGAACGGCUACGCGAACCUGUACGAGGGCGAGUACGUGCACGACAUCGAUCGCUACCCGGAGCUGCUCGAGGAUCCGUUCAACGUGCGCUUCACCAAGAAGAAAAUGAACCAGUCACGCAAGCGCAAACGGAGAGACACGGAGAUUCGCCAGGAGCAGGAAGAACGGCGCCGCAUGGAGAAGAAAUGCCAGCAGCUAAUGCAGCGUGCAUCUGCUGCUGAGAAGCGAGACGAAUAA